GGGAGGUUGAGGAACUCGUCUCACAUCUUCUAGGCGGCUCCGGGAGUGUGCCGGGAGGAGAAACUCAAAGGCUGGACUACAGGAUCUACGGGCACAGUCAUGGAAGGGAGAGAGGAUGCAGAGUCCAACUGUGAUGUAGCAUUCGCUGAAGCUCAGAGAUGGGUGGAGGCAGUUACUGAGAAAAACUUUGAAAACAAAGAUUUUCGAGCAUCUCUAGAAAACGGUGUCCUGUUGUGUGAUUUGAUUAAUAAGCUUAAACCUGGAAUUAUUAGGAAGAUCAAUCGUUUAUCUACACCAAUAGCAGGUUUGGAUAAUAUAAAUGUUUUUCUGAAAGCUUGUGAAAAGAUUGGAUUGAAGGAAGCUCAGCUUUUCCAUCCUGGGGAUCUACAGGAUUUAUCGAAUCGAGUCACGGUCAAGCAAGAAGAGACUGAUAGAAGAGUGAAAAAUGUUUUGAUUACCUUAUAUUGGCUGGGCAGGAAAGCACAGAGUGACCCUUAUUAUAACGGUCCUUACCUUAAUCUGAAAGCAUUUGAGAACCUUUUAGGACAAGCUUUGACUAAGGCCCUUGAAGACUCCAGCAGUCUGAAGAGGAGUGGCAGAGACAGUGGCUACGGAGAUAUUUGGUAUACUGAACGUGGAGAAUUUCUUAGUCCUUCAGCCUACCACAAAAGAGACGAUUCCUUUGAUAGCUUGGAUUCUUUUGGGUCUAGGUCAUUCACGAGCUGUUCAUCAGAUUUAACUCUGAAAGGGGGCAGUGAAGGUUGUGAGAGUGACACAGAUUCUGAACUCACAUUCAAAAUGCAGGAUUAUAACAAGGAUGACAUGUCCUAUCGAAGGAUAUCAGUUGUUGAGCCCAAAUCUGCUCUACCAUUCAAUCGCUUUUUACCCAACAAAAGUAGACAGCCAACCUAUGUGCCUGCACCACUGAGGAAAAAAAGGCCAGACAAGAAUGAGGAUAAUCGAAGAAGUUGGGCAAGUCCUGUAUACACUGAAGCUGAUGGAACCUUCUCAAGUAAACAGAGGAGGAACUGGGACACUAAAGUGGAAAACAGGCUAACAAGAAAAGAAACUUCAAACUCCUCUAACUAUUUGGAGGAGGAGGAAGAAGAGGAAGAAGAUGAAAAAACAAUGGGAAUGCCAAACAUUGUAAAAGAUGAUCUUUAUGUGCGCAAGCUAAGCCCCAUAGUGCCCACUGCAGGGAGUGACUUUGAUAAGUUUCUCCCCAAAUGUUGGACUUCAGAAGAUCUGAAUUGGAAAAGAAUUAAAAAGACAUCUUACAAGCCAUGGUAUAAGGAGUUUCAGGGAUUCAGUCAGUUUUUAUUACUUCAGGCCUUACAAACAUAUUCUGAUGACAUCUUGUCUUCUGAAACAAAGACCAAAAUUGAUCCCACAUCUGGCCCAAGGAUCAUAACAUGUCGAAGGAAUGUCUUUUAUGCCCCAGGCUACAGAAGAGAUGAUGCUGAAAAUGUCAUAUUAGAUCCUGACUUAGAAAAUGACGAUUACUUUGUUAGGAAGACUGGGGCUUUCCAUGCGAAUCCUGCUGUUCUCCAGGCUUUUGAAGAUUUUAGAAGAUUCUCUGUCCCAGAUGAUUUCAUAGAGCGAGAUAUAAUCCUGCAACAAAGAGAAGGUGAACCAGUGCUUCCAGAUCUAGAAAAAGAUGACAUGAUUGUUCGCAGAAUUCCAGCGCAGAAGAAAGAUGUGCCUUUAUCAGGAGCCCCAGAUAAAUACCAUCCAGUCCCCUUUCCAGAACCUUGGACUCUCCCACCAGAAAUCCGAGCCAGAUUUCUCUGUGUACUUGAAAGGACAUCCUCAUCAAAAGAAAAAAAUAAUAGCUGUAGAGUCUUAGUUCCAUCUUCUUGUCAAAAGAAGGAUGAUAUGUUGACUCGUAAGAUUGAGUCCUGGAAACUAGGGACAACGAUACCACCCAUCAGUUUUACUCCUGGUCCAUGCAGUGAAGAGGACUUAAAAAAAUGGGAGGCUAUUCGAGCAGCCAGCAAAGUUAGGCACAAGAAACGACAGAUGGUUGAGAGACUCUUUCAAAAGAUUUCUGAUGAGAAUGGGAGUAAAUCCUUGAGUGAUAUCACUGCAGAGGAUGUACACAGCUUGCGCCAACUGCGUUAUGAAGAAAUGCAGAAAAUAAAAUCACAACUGCAAGAACAAGACCAGCAGUGGCAGGAUGACCUAGCAAAAUGGAAAAAUCGUCGAAAAAGUUAUACUUCAGAUCUGCAGAAGAAAAAGGAAGAGAGGGAAGAAAUUGAAAAGCAGUCUCUUGAGAGGUCUGAGAGGAGUGCAAAAACAUUUAGAGAAAUUCUUCAGGACAGGGAAACCAGAAACCAAGAAACCAACAGUCAUCGGCAGAAAACAGUUGAUCCUGAGAGUAUGUAUUCAUCUACUGAUGAGAUAUUCAAUGAAACAAAAGUAUUUCCUGCAGUGACUUUGACUAGAGAGGGUUACCAGAAUGAGAUAAGAGAGAAGGAAGUGACUUAUGGUACAGAGAGUGAUAAAGAAGAUUCUUCAACCCUUGCAAAGAUGGAGGACUAUAAAACAGCUGAAAUUCAGGUUCCUUCUCAAAGCCUGACAGAGAAACAGAGCUCAGCCUCAGCUUUGUCUUCUAACCAUUCACUGAAUACACAAAUGGGACCUGCUCGGGUUUCAGCAUCUCUCCCCAGAAGUUACCAGAAAACUGAUACAUCUAGGUUAACAUCGGUGGUUACGCCAAGACCUUUUGGUUCUCAGUCAAGAGGGAUCUCAUCGCUUCCCAGAUCCUAUACGAUGGAUGAUGCUUGGAAGUACAAUGGGGAUAUAGAAAUCACUAAAAGAAUUCCAGAAAGUUCAAGUGGUUCUUUCUCAAAAUCAGAUGACAGCCAGCUUUACUCAAGCUCAGCCUUAAAAAAUGUUGAAGAAGCAAGAGAAAAUGAGAAGGCAGUGCCAUCUUCUACAUCCUUGUAUUUGCCCAUUUCCCAAGAACGUGAAUCUUUUCCUAAAUCAGAACAGUCUUUAAUAUCAGACCCUUUACCAGUUUCUGAGUCUUUCGAAGGGAGAACCUCUUCAUCACCGGAACCUUUAAGGACAAAGGAUCAGUUCAGUGAUAUGAGAAUCAUUAUGAUCCACAGCCCUGGGAAUAGUGAUGCUGACUUUGGGUUUACAGUAAGAUGGGAUUUUCCUGGAAUCAUCGUGCAAUCAGUUGAAGCAGGUAGCCCUGCAGCAUUGUCUCAGCUGCAGGUAGAUGAUGAAAUUAUUGCUGUUAACAACACCACGUUUUCAAAUAAGGACACAGAUAAGUGGGAGGAGAUCAUGGCUAAUGCACUAGAAACUGGAAACCUAGUUGUGGAUGUCAGGCGUUAUGGAAAAAAUGGUUCACCUGAAACUAAGUGGAUUGAUGCAACUUCUGGAGUUUACAGUUCAGACAUGACUUCAAACAUUUCAAUACAGAGUGAUUUCUCUGAAAGUCUUCAAAAUUCCAAUAUUGAAACAAAAGGAAUAAAUGGCAUAAGUGUUGAAAACAGCUCUAUGGAACCCAAAGCUUCUGAACCCAUUUCUUUGAAAAACUUAAAAAGGCGGUCACAAUUUUUUGAACAAGGAAGUUCUGAUUCUGUGGUGCCUGAUCUUCCAGUUCCAACCAUUAAUGCUCCAAGUCGUUGGGCUUGGGAUCAAGAGGAAGAGAGGAAAAGACAGGAAAAAUGGCAGAAAGAACAGGAUCGUUUGCUUCAGGAGAAGUAUCAACGUGAACAGGAAAAACUGAGGGAAGAAUGGCAGAGGGCUCAACAAGAGGCUGAGAAAGAAAGCUCGAAGUACUUAAAUGAGGAACAGAUGGCAUUAAACUCAAAUAAUAUUUCUCUCACCUCACGUGAGCCAACUUUUGCCAACUGGGAAACAAGUUGGAGAGAAGAAAUUUAUUCUUCAGAUAGAGAAAAAACCAGAGCAGAGGAAGAAGAAAGACUUCAUCAUGAAGAACAAAAGAGAAAACUAGAAGAACAGCUUCUCCUUGAGAAAGAAAGGAAAAUAAAGGAAUUGGAAGAACUGGAGCAGAAGCAGAGGGCAGAGAUAGAGCAACAGAGACGACAGGCAGAGAUAGAGCAACAGAGGCGACAGGCAGAGAUAGAGCAACAGAGGCGACAGGCAGAGAUAGAGCAACAGAGGCGACAGGCAGAGAUAGAAGAACAAAGGAGAAUGGCAGAGAUAGAGGAACAAAGGAGACGGGCAGAGAUAGAAGAGCAGAAACGGCGGGCAGAGAUAGAAGAGCAGAAACGACGAGCAGAGAAAGAGAAAGAAACUUCGGUGCAAAUUUAUCAGUAUAAAAGGCCUGUUGAUCCCUUUGAAGUAACAAAGCGAGGAGAUGAGUCAACAAAUCUACUUCCUAGUGACAGGAAUAAAUCAAGGUCUACCACUGAAUUGGAUCACACCACAAGUAGAAAUGGGAGUAACAAAUAUUUGGACCGGAUUGGGAAUUCGGGGUAUUCACAGAAAGGUUCUCGAAAAGAGCAGAUCACAUCAGAAGCUGAGAUGGAGAGACAGCAAAUCCUUCAAGAAAUGAGGAAGAAGACCUCUCUCCACAAUGACAACAGCUGGAUCAGACAGCGGAGUUCCAGUGUCACCAAGGAACCCAUCUGCCUGCCUGGCAUCAUGAGAAGAGGUGAAUCUCUAGAUAAUUUAGACUCCCCAAGAUCAAAUUCAUGGAGACAAGCCCCUUGGAUGAAUCAGUCAGCUGGCUUCCAUACUUCUUCAUCUGUGCAAGACUUCAGCCGUCCACCUCCACAAAUUGUUUCUACAUCUAACCGUGCUUACAUGCGAAAUCCACCUUCCAGUUUCCUACCUUCUUCUGUUGGUUCUCUACGAACUGGAACUUUAUCAUCUGCACCUUCCCCAGCACCUCGAACACAAUCCCCCUCUACUUCUCAGUCAGGGAUGCAGCAAAGAAACAGUGUGUUGCCUGCCAGUGUGAUCUCGGAGGCUCCAGCUCAGGAGCAGAAGUCAGGAUCCGAAAUAAUGAAUUGUACUGCAAUGAGUGCUAUCUCCGAUUCAAAUGUAAGAGAGCAAAUCAGAGAGAAAAUCUCUUGCCUUUUAAAGAGACCUCGGGCUCCUAUGCACAUUCCUGAAUCUGCAUCUGCUACCCCCUCAAACACCUUGCCUCAGAAUCCCCAUUUUUAGGAGCUUUUUGUAUAAACUAAAAGUUCCCCCUUUACAGGGAGGAUUUGACUAGAAUCAGGGGGAUUGCUCAGGAUGCCAGGAAAAGAGGGUGAUUUGUAAGGUCUAGAUAGGGGGUGGUAUGGAGCUGGAGACCCAGGAGUUGUCCCUAUGCUGCCUGCCUGGGGUACACAGAAUCCUAAACAAGUAUCUAAAAGGAAAUUCAGAGAUUUGGGGUUAGUCCUUUUAAGAACUGAUUCUAAUUUUUCAUUACUUUCACCUCAUUUCAACAAAGGUUAACUUUUGGAUAUGUUGCUUAGAAAAUAACCAAACGAGGUCAAUGUUUUUGAAUUUUUUUCUUUUGAUUAUUAAAGUUUAAAAAAUUAGAAAUAAAAAUUUUUUAUUUUGAGUCUGUUUUUCUAUAUUUGUUUCCCCUCCCAAAACAAUAUUUCUCAGGGUUAUUCUGACCUUCAGCUUCUUUCUUUUGGGGUCUCAAAUUUUUGCAUUCCUAAAUUCUACUUUGUGUCUUAGCAUGUGGCAUUUUUGUUUUGGUUUAAUAGAAUGUAUUUUUGAGUGUGUUAUAAAGCCUAGGAAGCUAAAGUUAAUGCAAUUGGCAUAUUAUUUAUAGCUUUGUGAAUACAACCAUGCCUGCUGUUUAUAUUUUAGACAGCCAUGCUCGUAACCUGUGUUUCUUCUUUAUCAACAAACCAGUAUGAUUUUGAACUAUGAGGUAUUUAUAUAGACCUUUAUUUGACGAGUGCUUUAUCAAUGGCUUAUACUCAGCCGACUCUCUCUUUUCUGUGGAUUCUUUCAGUGGAUUAUCUGUGAUGCUAAAGUUUCCUUACUCUAACUGUCAAGCCACAUCCCGAGCUGCUGACAGUAGAUUCAUGGAAUGAGAAUGUCAAGCAUAGGCAUGUAUUAAGUUGAGUGCAUGUGUCUUUCUCCUGAACCAAAUUUCAGGGCCAAAUCUGAAUUUUUUUGGAGGAAAAUAAUCCUUAUUUUGUACUAUUGAUGACUUUUCUUCCCUCUAUUAGCAUAAGUAAGUGAGAGUUAACUGUAAUUCAUUUCUAUCCAAGUGGUUAAUUUUGCUAAUGGGGAGGCAUCUUCCUGCCCCGAAGAUGCAGUUUACUUGUCCAAUGACUGAGUUGCAAAACUUGCUUGAGUCUUGAUGAUUCUUUCGAAACAUGCUUGCUGCUAAGUGUCCCAGAUACUCAAUAUUGAACUCUUUCUGAAUUUAAGUAUUUUUCUUCUUUCUUUUCUCCUUGCCUGAUUAGCUGGACAGCCAACCUCCAUGUGAAGUUAACCUCCAUACGAAAGCACUGUUGCAGAUAGAAGAAGAGGUGGUUGCUGCUGGUGUAGAUCUAUAAAUAUAUAUUGUAUGUGUCUUUUUUUAAAAGUACCUUUUUUUGGUCUGUCUAGAUUACAUAGGAACAUUUAUAUCCUCAUGUUAACUUGUAUUUUUUUUUUGGUUAUUUAUAAGAAGGUAAUCAUGUUUUGGGAAAAGCACAGUAUUCACUUUUUUGAAUUCAGCACAUUAAAAGCACAAGGGAGAACAAAUACUUAUCGAUAAUAAUUUCAAAAAUGUUUUGAGGCUGAUAAUUCACAUCUAGCUUGACUUUCCAAUGGUGUAUGAAGAGGAUGUUUUCUUGAAAGGAAGAAUGCUCUUAAACAUUAAUUGACAUAAUUAAUUUAAAUAUAUUUGCAAUGGCUGACCUUAUUUGUAUGUAUACUACAAAAUAAGUAAUGCAGACCUAUUGCAUUAAUAUUUGUUUUCUGUAGUCUGGUUUUCUAACUUGCCUCCCAUUGUGAUUUUUUUUCAUAUACAAUAUUCUUUUUUUGUUUUUGUUGUUGUUGAGAGAGAAUGACCGAUCUGUGGAUUUAGUUUUGAACAAUUCACUCAAAAGUUUCUUCUCUUCACUAAGAAAAUGUAACUAUGGCUUGUUCAACUAAAGGUUUUUUGCAAGAACUAGUGAAUUUCUUUACUGUUCCAACUGCAUUUGUAAAUAAACUUGCUCAUGCAUUUAA